AGUGCGAUGUAGGUCUAAAUCAGUCACCGUGACCGUGCUAUAGAUCUAGAUCUAGACUCUAGACCUAGUAUUGUUCGGACUAUUACAAUAUAUAUAUUUAGAUCUAGAUCUACGUUGGAUAUAUCUACCACAAAAUUGUAACGCCAGAACUGUUGGACUUUUGACACAUUGAAACAACCAUUUCAUUUGCGUAUGGCUGAUAUUUUGAACGGUAUAGCUGGCGGCUUGAACAGCACUUUCAACGGGUUAAUUCGCAUUUUACCACGUCGAAAGGAAGAGGUCCAAGAGGCUAUCGUCCGAGAGAUUCAAAUGUUUGUCAUACCUCGAUCAGCUCGGCUUUUUAUUCGCAUAGCUGGCAUUUCUGGUGCUAUUGCAGUAGCAAUGGGUGCCUAUGGCUCACACGUUUUUCGACAAAAAGAAAUAGAUCAAAGAUUAAAAGAGACUUUUGAGAUUGCAAGUAAAUAUCACUUUAUCCACACUCUGGCUUUGUUAGCAGUUCCUUUUGCCAGGAAGCCAGUUCUGACUGGAUCUCUAAUGACUGCUGGUAUUGUGCUCUUCUGUGGUAGCUGCUACUAUCAUGCAAUGACUAACAAUAUGGCCAUCCGAAAAGUAACACCCUACGGAGGCUUUCUUUUAAUUUUCGCCUGGGUUUCUUUUGCACUUUAAAUGCUCCUAUUGUCAGAUUUGGCAUUUUUUAAAAAAUUAGAAACAUUCUUAGAUGGAUGAAAGUUUUCAAGAAAUUGUUUAUUUUUGUAAAUUGGAGCAAUGUUGCUAGUGUAAACAAAUAUCCUUCGAACAUAAUUUGAAACGAUGUAAAUCUUAAACAAUGUAUGUAGCUUUUCCUUGAAAUGUUGAAAGGGAAGUAACUGUAUAUAUACCGUUAGCUUGAAGUCAGUAAACGUUGUGCUUUUUAUUUUGUUUUUCAGAAGUUUGAUCAUUUUAUGGCAAUUUUCAUUAGAACAAACAUUUGUUUCGAUAUUUGAAAUAUAAUUUUUUUUUAAAAUUUGAAAUAUAAUGGUAACUAAUUAGUUUUAUGCUGACAAGUUAAUGAGAAUGUUAUUUUGUUAUAAUGGAUGAAUAAGUAUUAUAUUUACACUUUUGAUGAAGUGUUUGAAAUGUACACUCUAUUGUACACAUCCAUAAAUCUCAAUUAAUUUUAGCCUCUUCUAAAUUAAGGAUUUGCCAAAGCACUCCUUUCAUCUAGUCAAAAAAAACAACAACUUCGUGCAGUUUGAAAUAAAAGUUAUUAUACCUUUGUUGCGCAAAGUGGCAUCUAUUAAAAAAAACUUAGUUUGUGAAAUAAUAUCACAGCUUAUCCUUAGACUAGUUUAGCUUAUAGAAGUGAUGCAUUUUCUACACAGCUAAUUUUUUUAAAAUUAUUAUUUAUUCUUGUUUGACUUGUAUUUUUAAAAAAAAUGUGAAUAAAAUGAUUUUACCAAU